CGGGAGAACAAGUGCCCGAACCAACAGUAGACAUUUUUCCUCCGCCUCAUAACCCAAGAUUGCCCGCACCCUAGAGCAACUUCAACACAAACAGAAGAUGAUAGAAAGUGGAAUUACAACCAGGAUGUCAGGAAUCCAUGAAAACCCUGGACAAAGUCACCACACCUCUGCACAAGAAUACAGACUCCUGACUACUGACCCCUCACAGCUUAAAAACGAGCUUCCUGGUGAUCUUCAGUCCCUGUCCUGGCUCACGUCUGUGGACGUCCCCCGGCUGCAGCAGAUCGGGAGCAGACGACCUGAAUUCAGCAGCUCUGCUCAGAACAGCCUGCUGGACCAGCAGACAGCUCAGUUGAAUAGCAUGACAGCAGCAGGUGGAGCAGGAUCUGCGAUUCAUCUACAAAGUGAGAUGCAGCACAGUCCUCUAGCCAUCAACAGCAUGCCCCAGUUUUCACCCGGGUUUCCGUGUGCUGCCUCAGUGUACCAGACCACCCCUCAUCAACAAGUGCACACUUUCACUCAGGCGAACCAACAGUGUUCUCCCGGUGGACUUUACGGCAACUUCAACAGCCAGAGUUUGUACCCUCAAGCGCGGAUGAACGCUCACAACCAAGACCUGCAACCCAAGACUUUUCCCAAACCCAUUUACUCCUACAGCUGUCUGAUCGCCAUGGCUUUGAAGAACAGCAAAACAGGCAGUCUUCCUGUUAGUGAGAUCUACAGCUUCAUGAAAGAGCACUUUCCUUAUUUCAAGACGGCACCUGAUGGAUGGAAGAACUCGGUACGUCACAACCUGUCCUUGAAUAAGUGCUUUGAGAAGGUGGAGAACAAGAUGAGUGGUUCCUCCAGAAAGGGUUGCCUCUGGGCACUCAACCCUGCAAAGAUUGACAAAAUGGAAGAAGAGAUGCAGAAAUGGAAACGCAAAGAUCUCCCAGCCAUCCGCCGCAGCAUGGCCAACCCAGAUGAACUAGACAAACUCAUUACAGACAGACCAGAGAGCUGCAGACAAAAGUCUGCUGAUACUUGCAUGACUCGCUUGCCCAGCUGCCCUCCGGGCCCAACUCUUCCAGUACCAGCUCAUCUACAGCCCCAGCCCAUGGUCACACUGUCUCUGCAGUGCCUACCCAUGCAACAUCACCUUCAGCUUCAGCUCCAAAGUCAGUCCCGCCUUGCUCCCGCCUCCCCAGCCCCUGCUCAAACCCCCCCUCUCCUUACAGUCCCUGACCUGAUGAACAGCUCCCUGCCCCAGCAUCAUACUAAGCAGCUCAGCGACUUCUACACCAUUCACACAGAUGCUAAUUCAGAGGUGGACGCCCUGGACCCCAGUAUUAUGGACUUUUCCUGGCAAGGAAACCUGUGGGAGGAUAUGAAGGAUGAUAGCUUUAACCUGGAGGCAUUAGGUACAAUCAGUAACUCGCCCCUACGCCUGUCUGACUGUGACCUGGAAACUGGCCAUUCUACACCCGUGUCCAAUGCAGGAGGACUGUCCUAUCCAGACCUGCAGGUGGCAGGCCUCUAUUCCGCAUACUCAGCUAUGGAUGCCCUCUCAAACCAGUACAUGAACACACAAGGGGCAACAAAGCCUAUUGUUUUGCUUUAAUCUCACCCACAACAAAUUAAUUAAAGCCAAGAUUUACUCCGAACCUGUAAAGUUUUGGCUGUAGCUUGUGUGGUGUGUCAAAGACUCCAAAAAAUUAACUGCAAGGCAAACGUCUUUCAAGGCAGCCAAAACAGACCAUUUUGCCAGAAGAUUCUUGCCAUGAAAUUUCUGCAGAGAAAUGAAAUUGCAAACUGAAACAUAUCAAUGAGCGACUGUGUUCGGAGGCAAACUGUGCAGCUAACAGCAUUGUUUAUACACAUGAAUUACUCUCAUUUAAAGACCAAAUGAGGAAUUAUGUUUUUGUACAAUUUAUAUGAUUUACAAAGUUAAAGAAAAAUACAGCCCAGUUCAGAUUGCUGUACUGGCAUCUUGGCCAAACAUCAUCAUUAGUAAUAAAAGUGUUACUCCACCUUUUGAAUCUAAUGCAAAUAGUGAGUCACUAAAUAAAAAAAUAAGGGAAACCAUGAAUUUUGGUUUGUUACCAUCUGUACCAUAAAAGAAACUUGUUCUCUUCUGAUUUUGUCCUUUUAACUGUUAGCUUUGUAAUUGUAGCCGUGUGUCUUUUGGUGUACUGUGAUAGACACCAUAUCUGCUCUUUGGUUUUUGUGUUUAUUUAUAUUUAUGAAAAGAGCUGAAAUGGUGACAUGAAUCAUUGUUUAUUGUACAUAUCUGAAUAUUUGAAAUGACUGCAAGCAAUAAAAUCUCACAACACUGAAAAAGAAAUAUGUUUCAUUCAGCUCAAAUAAAAUGACCUCAUCAUCACUUUAGGUCUGCUAUGUGAUAGUAUACUUCAACUACACCAUUCCUUUCUUAAAGAGUACAUAACUAGGGAUUUUUAAGGUCCUACUGUGGUUUAUGGAGUGUCCAACAACAAGUUUAUGUACAUAGAAGGUGUAAAAACAAUUAUUUCUUAAUGAUAGGCAGUUAUUCUUACCUUACUUCUUGACUGACUCUCAAAUGAUUCGUUCCGCGAUUCACCUUUCUAAUCCCCUCCUUCCCGCUAGUCUAGUCUGAUGUGAUUGGUCGGAUGGUCUAGUAUGCUGUGAUUGGUCUACCGCGAAUGAGGCUCACGAGCUACAGUGUUUGGGGGAGAAGAGUGAAGUUUCCGCGGGCAGUCGAAGCAAAACGUAGGCGGGGACUAUAUGUAGUGACGUAAAUCCGCAGCGGUUCGCGAAUCGGACUCGGGAUGACUCGUUUGCGUGAUUCAGAGUCGACUCCCUUUUUUCCAAGCCAAUAACUUUGUUAUUCAUUCACCUUCAGAUUUACAACUUGGCAGACUGCUUACUUUCAAACACGGCAACAUUACACACUGCAUGAAAUGUAAUAUUCACGAUCUCAUGUUAUGUACUCUUUAAAUUAAGUGCCACCCUGCAAACACAAUGUGGUUGGUAACAUUUUAGUUAAAAGAACAGUUCACUCAAAAAUAA